UAAGGAACGUUGUUUCAUUCCAUUCAAUCAAAUCUUCGAACUUGGGAAAGAUAAUGGCGCAAGCACUGUUCAUGCCUCUUGCUCCUUCACUCUCUCUCGUCUGCAAUCCCACAGGAAGAACCCUCAAUUCUGUUUCUUUCCCCAUUUCAACUGCGCCCACCAAGGUUAAUGGUUUGAGCAUCAAAUGCGUUCGUGUGGGAGGUGUUGAGAUUCCCAACAACAAACGGGUAGAGUACUCAAUUCAGUACAUACAUGGGAUCGGUCGCAACAACGCGCGUCAAAUCCUCUUCGACAUCGGCAUGGAAAACAAAAUAACCAAGGAGCUUUCCGAGGAGGAACUCAAUAUUCUCCGUGAAAACGUCUCCAAAUACAUGAUUGAAGGAGACCUUAGGAGAUUCAAUGCGCUUAACAUUAGGAGGAUGAAGGAGAUACAAUGCUACAGAGGUGUUCGUCACAUUCAGGGGCUGCCGUGUAGAGGACAACGGACGAAGAACAAUUGCAGGACAUUGAAGGGUAAGAAAGUGGCGAUUCCAGGGAAGAAAAAGGCUCCCCGUUAGUUAGAUUGAACUGGUUGGGCUUUUCUUCUACUUGUAUUUGAUCUGUAUCACAUUUAUCUUCUUUCAUGUUGAAAUUUCUAUCCACUUGAGUUUGUUUGCAUUGUCA